GACAGUCAACGCAGAUACAACUUCACUGACUCGAAGAAACUAUCUAAGGAUUACGACUCCAAGCGAAUUCAGGAUUAUACUUUUGACAGAACACUUGAACUGGAAUUACACAUUUGCGGAGCUUCUUUGAAGACGUGUGGAUUACAUUCAUUCGAAAACAAAAUGACUCUGGAAGAACUCGUCGGAUCCAACAUUACUGAUAAAAAAAUGGACAGUGUAAGCAAAGCAUUAGAAGAGCUGCUGGUUGCAGCCCAGAGACAAGACUGUCUGACAGUCGGAGUUUAUGAAUCUGCAAAACUCAUGAAUGUAGAUCCAGACUGUGUGGUGCUCUGCGUUCUGGCAACCGAUGAAGAAGAUCACGAUGAUAUCGCGCUGCAGAUUCACUUUACGCUCAUCCAGGCUUUCUGCUGCGAUAACGACAUCAACAUCCUGCGCGUGUCCGGUCUGAGGCGCCUCGCGCAGGUGCUCGGCGAGCCAACCAACGAAGACAACAGCGAGCCGAGAGAUUUCCACUGCCUCCUAGUCACUAACGCUCAAUGCCAACCACUGAAGUGCCAGGCGCUAAAGGACGUGGGAAACUACUGCCAAGAGAGCCGCUGCAAAAACCAAUGGAUUCCUUAUCUGUCCCUGCAAGAACCCUGAACAACUCGCCAAGCUGUCACUGUUGACGAAAGGAUGAAAGUCUUUCUCUGCGAACGAAAGCAAACGUGCGCUGCACAAGGAACCGUUGACUGCCGCGUCCUCUGACGGGGCUGAGAGAGAGAGAAAGAGGAGCUCUCGGAACGGCACAUUGCACCCUGCCAAUGCAGCUUACCGUGUCCUCCUUGGGGGGAAAAAGGUGGUCGAGCUGUGGGAACAUGAACUGUAAAGGACUGCCCGUCGGCGCGAACUGUGAUGGAGAACGUGCAGGCGGGCGGCGUGGGCGCGUGCGCCCCCAGUUUCAUAUGUGAGAUGGGUUGGAAAGCCACUGUACGUCAGCGCCAUAUGCCGAUGGUUCACUAUCGCUGACUGUGGGACUAUGUAUUUUGGAAAUGGCGAAUGAAAAUCCCGUUUUGGUGCCGGACAACCAUGAACUGCCGUGUGCUGAGCUAUUAAUGGACUGCAAUUGCUUCUGUAGACUGCACUGAAAUAUAGUGUUUGUGGACCUAUGAAUUCUGUCGAGCUAUUAAAUGCAUACUAUGAAUUGUGAAAGUUCUUUACAGUUAUUUAAACAGAGUAAUAUAUGCAUUAUGUUAUUGUCAAUGCAACGUUGUUACAAUAAAUUAUUGAUUGAGAAUUGCA